AUGCUCGUGCCCAAUCCACUCCCCGUGGUUAGGGUUUGGGGUGCGACCUCGUCUCCGCCACCUGCGUGCCUCUGGCGAGCUCCGGCGGCCAUGGCCAGUGCGCAGGACGCCGCCGAGGUCACCUCGUCGUGCUGUGUUGAUCCAUCUGAGCAGAUCCAUCCUUCCAUGCCUCCAACGCUCAUGCCCAAUCCACCCGCAGUUAGGGUUUGGGGCACGGCCUCGUCUCCGGCACCGGUGGUCUUCUACGUCGCUUGA